CGAGUUAGAUUUCUAAUUGUUGAAUAGAAACUCUAGAAAAUUUGAAGGAAUUUAUUUCUAAAGCAUUUGCUAACGUUCGAUUUCAGCUUACACUUGCUCGCUGUCAUACAAGUCCGGUGCCUCCUGUGGUCCAGCGGUUACUCGUUGGUACUACGACUCGACCACAAGGACAUGCCAAACGUACUCAUUUAAUGGUUGUGACGGAAAUUCGAACAAUUUCGCCACCCAGCAGGACUGCAAGGACUACUGUCGUGUAGAGUCAUGCCCGGAUGGAGGAGAGGUUUGGAAGGAACAAAAUGGUGCAGCUCGAGCAUGCACUACUAGUCGUCAGUGCCCCUCAACACAUUAUUGCACACCAGUGACCACGUGGACCGGUGAGAAUCUUUGCAGAGUCAUGAACUGUCUACCAAACAAAAUCAUUGUGCUGUCCAUCGAAGAAUUUCGUUUGCUCUCAGCCGAGAGAUGUGGGAGUACGUUGCUCGAGUACACGGAUCACGAGAUGGUACUUCAACGCUGA